AUGGCAUCAGCGGCCGCACAGUACAGCCGCCCGUUGCAGCGUAAGCUGCAGGAGGCGGGCCUGCAGGGAUGCGUCGACGCAGCUGCGUUCAAACGCCUGCUGCAGUACGCGGAGGACGUGCAGGGCAGCCUGGACAAGGUCCACCAGAUCCUGGCGGUCCUCAAAACGAUAGCCUUGUCUACCGAGGGCGACGACGACGGUGGCGUGGUGACGCGCGCAAACGUCGAGUCCGCCAUCAGCCAGAUCGCGGGGGCGGCGCCCCGCCGCGACCUCGCGUUUGUGGUCGACGCGUUUGACGUGCCGCGCGUGGUGUACGACCCGGUCAGCAAGCGCAUGCACGCGGACGGGCGGCCCAAGACGAUGCUCCCAACUGCUGAGCGCCUCCGCCGCAACCGCCGCUUCCAGCCGCCCAACCCGCUGCAGGCCGCGGCGGGGGCGGCGCCGCAGGCGCAGCUGACAGAGUUGAUGGGCCUCAAGGGCAGCGGGGGGGAGACCUGCAUCGUCAUGGGCAUAAUCUGCUCUCAGGAGGACGGCCACCUGGCUAUUGAGGACACCGGCGCCAAGGUGCCCCUGGACCUCUCUCAGGCCAGGCUGGCCUCGGGGUUCCUCACAGGCCUUGGCGGCGGCGCCGCGCUCUUGGGCCCCGACAGCGGGCUGCACCUGCCUGCCAGCGACCGCGCUCUACACGCGCCCGCCGGCCGCGCCCGCCGACCUGCUGGACCGCGGCUGACAAAAUCUGGCCACGCCUCUUCCCCCGAAGAGAACUGCGUGGUCGUGGCCGAGGGCGCAAUGGGCCGCGACGGCGUCUUCCGCGCCGCCGCCGUCGGCUUCCCGAGCUGCGAGCCGCGGGCCGCGCUGCCGGCCACCGCGGCGCGGCUCAACUUCUUCGGCGCCCCGGAGCUGAGCGCCGAGGAGGAGGCGGCCGCGGAGAUGGCGGAGUUGGACGGCGGGGAGGAGCGGAUAGUUUUCUUGUCGGACGUCUGGUUGGACAGGCCGGACACUUUUGAGCGCCUGGGCACCAUCUUUUCCGGUGAGCCCUCAGUGUUUGCUCCGGCGGGGGGCCGGUCGAGGCGGAGACGCCUGUGA